AUGAAGGGCCGUCCCGUCGAUCAGCUCGUGUACGAGUACAUGUUCCCGAAACCUCGCCCUUCGGACCCUCAGAACUUCCACGCACUGCUGCAGCGACACCUGAUCCUAGAGGUCCGGCAAGAAGUCCACUCCUUUUACGGCCACCUCGACACUCCCGAGGCAAAGUACCCAGGCCUCGACUACUGCCACCCGACCCACCGCAUCCGUCUCAGUCGGUGGCAGUGGCACAGACGCCUGUUCCGCGCCUUCGACGCCCUGCGGUUGACAGCCAACGAGAUCGCCGGGCUCACGAAAUGGGAGGGCACGAAAUGGGCAAAGGAGCGCUAUGAGAAAGAGCAGGGUGUAAAAAUACGAGACACUGUGGCGGACGAGCUGGCAGACUGGAUCGAGCCCGAGGAGAGAAGAACGCCUGCCCGAACCAUACGAGAAGCAACCCAGGAGACGGAGGACCGCGGUGAGGCGGGAGACGAGAAUAUGGCCGAGGAGAGCGAAGAGGAGAUGGAGAGCGUCGGGUUCGCGCUGAACCAGAGGCUCAGGGAACGUGUGGCCAUGCGAGAAACGGGCGACUCGUCCAUGCCGCUGGACGAGGAGUGGGAGCAGUGGCUUAAGAACGCCAUCGAGACCGGCGAGCUGCCCCUGGUGGCUGAUCAGAUCGCCCGCAUGACGAGCGAGAGAGCGCCCAUGUCGCCCGACGAGCUCUUCCCCGCGAGAAUGAUGGUGGCUGCCCGGGCCGGCCAGUGGCACGAGAUCCCGGACUUCCUCCACGACAUGAUCCGGGCGAGCCUCGAGGCACAGGCACUCCGAGAGCGCCAGCAGCAACGCUUAAGCGCAAGUUCCGAGACUGGGGUAUCGACGCCGUCAAGCUCGCGGCUUGGCGUGAAUCCGUCGACUAUGAGCAGCCGCAGUAGUCGAGGCGUCACUUCUGAGUUCUCACCAACGACCGGUUGGCGAAGGACAUACUCGGAUCUUCGACUCCCCGUGGGCGAUGGCGGCACGACCGCCCCUCCGCGCGUCCACCGCACUGCUCAGCCCGGUGCCUAG